AUUAGUAUUCUGUUGGUGUGGCAGCCCAGCUGAGCUCCUCAAUGGUUAUGUGAAUGGCAAUGGCAUUGCUCCUUGCCCCGGCGCCAAGGUGCUGGGGCUGCUGGUGUGGACGCUGAUUGCUGGGACAGAAUACUUCCUGUACCCGGCCUUCGGCUGGGUCAUGUUUGUAGCCGUGUUCUACUGGGUCCUCACCCUCUUCUUUCUGAUCAUCUAUAUGACGAUGACCUAUACCAGGAUCCCUCAGGUGCCAUGGACCACAGUGGGUCUGUGUUUUAAUGGAAGUGCCUUUGUUUUGUACCUCAUUGCUGCCAUUGUAGAUGCAUCUUCAGUUACCAAAGAACUGGACAGUCACAAUUACAACAGCUGGGCAGCUUCUUCAUUCUUUGCCUUCAUGGUUACCUCCUGCUAUGCUGGAAAUACGUAUUUUAGCUUUAUAUCUUGGCGAUCACGAACUUUGCAGUAA